AAGAGCUCCUCUAUUGGCUCACCAAGUGACUCGUUCGUUAAGGUUGCUUGAACCAUCAUCUCCCCGUUGCCUUACUCUUACCUUCGUUUUCGGGCAGUGAAGUCGUCAUCAUGAAGGCCUACGCUAUCCUUCUCGCACUUGCUACCUCAGCUAUUGCAGGGAAACAUGGCUACAGUUACCCUCCUUACCCCCAUCCCCCUCCUCCACCGGUUAUUACUACUACGACCGAUUACCUGACUACCUAUACGACUGUUACCACAUGUCCAGUUUUCUCUACGGUGACUGCUGGGGGGUCAACAUACGUUGAGACGAGUUUGGCCACCUCGACUAUUGUUGUAACGGAAUGUCCAGGGGGCUCCUGUGGAGGGGAGGUUACUGUAACGCAGCCUGACACUACCGUUGGUACUACUACCAAGGUCGAGCUCACAUAUACGACGACCUGCCCUGUUACUGAGACUGUUACUGUUGGCGGCUCAACACACACAACUAUCUACACAACCACUCGCGUGGAAGUGACAUAUGUCGACACAACCGUUUUUGCAACUGAAACGGGCCCUGCAGUUACCGAGACCUCUGGAGAAGUUGUCUAUACCACAAAGACCCAUGUCAGUCCGGUGACAGAGACGAAGACCGUUGAAGGAGAGACUGUCGUUGUUACGUGGACUGCCACGCAGACGAUCGUUACCGAUGUUCCGAUCACUGCUACUGAGUAUACAUCCUACACUGUCACCGAGCAUGUCGAGACAUCUGUCUACGAGACUGUGACAUGCCCCGAGACGACGUAUGCCACGGUCUCAGAAGGUACCACUAUUUAUGUCACUAGCACUGGCACUUCGACUAUCUACGAAACUACGGCUUACACAGUUGUUGAAACUAUUCCCGUCACUCAGACAACAGAACUCGGUGUGACUAUUACCUCGCAGGAAACUGUCGGCGAGACAGUCACUGAGCUGCCCACUGUUUGGGUCACGGAAGGAGAUACGACCAUCAUCAGUGAGCCAGCACCGACUACUACCGUGGUAUAUCCCACCACUCUGGUCACCACCAUAAGUCAGACCAUCUCGUACCCUGCUGGGUCAACUGUGGUCGAGACAACUGUUGUUGUCGAACCAGAAACUUCUACACUCAUUUAUCCCACUACUGUAGUCCCUUCAACAAGUGAGACCAUCAUCACCAUCACGCCAGAGCCCUCAUCUACUACUGUCGUAUACCCUACGACCAUUAUUCCCGAGACUAGCGAGACAAUAAUUGUCCCUCCUGUCAGCGAGACGACCAUCGUCAGCGUGCCUGAGCCUUCUUCCACUGUUGUAUACCCCACAACCAUCAGCAUACCCGUGUCGUACUCGCAGCCCCCGGUUCCAACUGAGAGCACAUCAGUUGGCGAGACGACCAUCGUUAGCGAGCCAGAGCCUUCUACUGUGGUAUAUCCGACCAUCAGCAUCCCUUCUUACUCGUUCCCCCCUGUGCCGACUGUGAUCGUCACCCCGCCCAACAGCGUACCCGCCACCACCGUCUAUCCCACUACCAUCACCAAGACCGUUUCUCACCACCCCACGGUCCACCAUACCUCGACCAAGAGCAGCUCCUCGUCUGAAUAUCCUACAAGCACCAGCUCCGAGGUUCCGUCAGGACUAGCGGCUCAAGUCACUCCAGCCGCAGCGCUCUUGUUCGGCAUUGCUGGCUUCGCCGCAUUGCUCUAGUCAUCGAGCGGAAAACCAAGAUGCAUAAAAGCCCGGUCUACAGGAUACGCCUCAUGUAGAUGAAUGGAAUCCAGAUCCCAACGAUCAUGGCAAUUACCAUUGACAAGUAGCAUCAUGCAUGAUGGAGGGAGGAAAAAGGAGGACAGAGAGAAGAGAAGGGGUAAGAGGUCAAACAAGGGAGGGGUCAAAGACGCAUUUCGCGGACAUGCUUUCAAACCCAGGCACGCUUAUUUUCUAAACUUAAUCGUAAUAUAAUUCCACCCUACUUGCUACUACUGUACUUCCUCU